UUGGCCGAAACAGAUAAAUCCCUGCUUUCCCAGGCCACUCCAAACAACAUCCAUUCAUUCGCCUGCAGAGAGCGUCCGUCACGAGACACGAGCGCUAACUCUGAGUCCGCAGACAUGCGUCUGGUGUUGUGUGUCGCAGUCGUGCUGUUCGGCCUUCCUCUCGGGAAGAUGUUUGUUCUCCAUCCUUCUCCUGAGGCCUCGUCCUCAUCAUCAUCAUCAUCAUCAUCUGCUGUGAAAACCAAGAGAUGCAGAGGAGAACUGGAAAUCAGGAAAGUCCUUCUGGAAUCUCUGAACCUCCAGCAGGAGCCCCGUGUGUCCGUGCCCCGGAUGAGUCUUCUGCGUGAGCAGUGGAAAGACUUUUUCAAGAGCGCCGUCCCAUCCUCGACAGGUAAUCCCUCGAUCCCUGAGGACUCUGGAAACUCCACCUGCUGUAAAUGUUCCUCUCAGGUCUUCAUGAAAGAUUUGGGCUGGGACCGCUGGGUGGUUUAUCCGGAGAGCGUGACCUUCGUCCUGUGCCGAUCCUGCGGGCCGAGCGUCUACGCUGAGAGUGCGUCUGCGCAGUGCUGUAAGCCGACGGCUCACGACAUUGUCCCGUUCGUCUACGUGGAUGAAUGGAGCAGUCUGGUUCUGUCCUCGGCGAGUCUGACCCGCGAGUGUGGCUGCAACACUCAGGAGCCGGAGGUCACGACCCCUUCCUAAGAAGCCUCACAGUCUCUCUCAGAGUUGUAGGUUUAUGGCUUAGCACAAACUUAUUUAGCUUCUUUAAUGUUUGACUUUUGCUGCUGUUGGGAGUCUCUCGGACUCUUUAAGGGUGUAUGUGAAAAUGAUGUGGAGACACACACACAUAUAUAUAUAUAUAUAUAUAUAUAUAUAUAGUUUUCAGAAAACAUGAAGUUCUCAAACGAAUCCCGUUGUUAUUCAGCACAAUGAACCCUCUGUUACGAAUCAGUUCAAGCCCAAAUCUGUUUUAAACUGCAGGGUUUUAUGGGUCUGGCAUGAUUUCAGUGGCCAGCGACUGUUCCUCAAAAAAAUGUUGUGGAGCAGCUCUGCCAAAACUUUCCCUCUGCGACUCUGAGGACCAAAUUAAAAUGUCCUUCUCUUGAAUCAAGUUCUUAAUGUAUUGUGGCUUCAGAUGCGGUCGUUAGCUGUCGACGUGCCUCUGCAUGCUGGGAAAUGUCCCGGUCUUGUAGAUUAGAAUGGAAUGACAUUCCAGAAUGAAACAUUUUGGCUUCGUUUGAAAAUAAGACCUGAACUGGCCGUAAUUCAACAUAAUUUCAGAUGCGUCCUUCAAAAACAGUUUUAUAGAUUUUUUUUUUAUGUUUCAUGACUAUAAUUUUUUGUUAUUUCUUUUGUUUGUCUUUGUAAACCAAGUCUCUUCUGGAUAUGUUUCCAUGUUAUACACACCAUUGUAUUGGAAAAUAUUAAAACCAUUUCAUAUAUACCAGGAACAGCUCUUAACUAACACUUUCACAUGCAUGUUUAGUAGAUUUACACUUUAUAUCAAAUGUAUCAGCAGAAUGUUUAUUAAACAAGGCUUUCAUGACAUAAAGGUGUGAUGUCCUUAUUUCACCUUAUAAAAGAUGCAUUGAACUCAGUUCCUCGACAUUCAUGUGUGUGUGUGUGUGUGUGUGUGUCACUUCUGGCAGCUUCUGUGUUUCAAAACAAAUGCUGAAUUGAUUUUUUUCAGAUUGAACUCACAUGAACUUCUUUAAUCCUCACUUUUCAUUGGUUAGUAAUGACUGUGGCUGCAGGUUACUUGCAAUGCAUUCCUGACAUGGGUUAUUUUGGGAGUUUAUUGGCACACAUUGUUUAAAAAUGUGUGUGUGUGUGUGUGUGUGUAUCACAUGCUGUUGCGCACUCAGUAAAAGAAUUCAGACCAGCUCCCUCUUCCUCUGCUUCAGUCUUUGACCCGUCGGUGCGGAUGGACUAGACCCGCGGGGCGUCUGACCCUGAACACUGAACAGAGAAGAACAGCAAACACACGCAGGAACGCUCUGCAUCGCUUCGACCCGUCCUGAAGCACGAUGGCGUGGCUGCGCUGGGGAACGCUGCUUUCGGCCGUCCUCUGUCUGUUCGCUCAGGAGAACAGCUGGGAGUGUUUGGAUAAGGGUGAGGUUGUUACUGAAAUGUCCAAGGACGCCGAGCUGCCCUCCGUGUGUGUGUUGAGCUGUACGGCGCUCACUUACAGGCAGAUUGUAGACCGGCAGCAGAAGCUCACGGUCCGGUUCAGAGACUCACAGCCCGGCGAGUCGGACGACUUCUGCUGGUUGAUUAUUUCGAGAUGCAGCACGUGGGAUGAAGCUUUUGUUCUCCUGUCGAUCAGUGAAUCUGUUCCAGCUGAAGAAAGGAUUGAACUUCAGACCAACUCACCGACCCACCCGAACCCCGUUCAGCCCCACGACUCCCCGUCCGUCCUGCCCGACGACUGUGGCCUUCGCUUCGACGUCACGCCGCACCUGAAGCACCUGCAGCAACACACGCUCUGCGUCACACUGAAGGGCAUCAUGGGAAACAGCUUACAGUGUCCGCCGUUUCUGGUCAUCCUGAGGAAAAAAACAGAGUAAGAGUUUGACUCACUCCUGAAUGAAUCUAUAAGACACGAUGGUAAAGAUUAAGAACUGGUUUUUGCAUUUCAAUUUCAAUUCAUUUGAACGAAUGUUUCAGUGGUCUGUGUUUUCAGAUGAACUACAUUUGCAUUUUAAUAUACUUUAGUAUACCUUUUAUUUUUAUAUACCUAUUUUUUUUAAAAGCUUUCUAUUUUAUUAAGCAUUUUAUUUUAAAUUUAGUAAAAUGACAAAAGCACUAUAAGUUCUGGUUCAUUUUUUGUACCAUUUAAUCUAAUGAAAGUUCUCAAACUCUGAAUCUCUCUGUUAUCUCUAUUUACAUGAAAAGGGUCAGAACGACCCCAUUUAUUCACCAGCCUGUGUGUGUGUAUACAUAUAAAUAUAUUCAGCUAUUUUGUUAAUAAAAUUCUGGAAGCUAA